AUGACUACGACAAGUAAACGACGUAAAACAUCAUUAAAUAGACAACACUCUAGUGAAUUAUCUUCAAAAGUUAACAAUAUUGACUCAUAUGAUUUAUCAACUGAUCAUAAUUUCAUUGCACCAAAUGAACGAUUUUCUAAUUGUGUUGGUUUAUAUUCUGUUUUAAUGAAUAGACAUAUUAUAGAUGCACCUUUUUCAAAAUUAUAUCAACAAAGUUUACAAAUUGGAUGGGAAAAUCUAUUCAUACAAGAACGACAAAAAUUAAAACCAAAUGAUGUUUCAGUUUUGAAAUGUUUUGUUUUAAAUCGAUUAUUAUAUGAAUAUUACAAAGAUUCGGACUUAUUUGAUCAACAAACAAAAAUUUUAUAUGAUGAAAUUAAAUCACGUAUGAUUAGAGAAUUUGCACAAUGGACACCACAAGAUCUAUUUCAUGAAGUUCGACGUUGGCAAAAUAUGCAAUGUCGACGACGUUUAUUCUAUUUUCAUCAUCAAGAAACUACACCAUUACCAGGUUUAUUAAUGUUACAUAAAGCUGCAACUAAUUGGUGUCAUUGUUUAAUAAAAUAUUGUCAACAAAAUAAAACAUUUUGGGAAACAGAAGGACGUAGUCGUUUUAUAGAACAUUUUCAACAUUCAUUUAUUAUCGUUGCUCAACCAACAGGUUCAGAUGGUUUGGCAGUUAUUCAAUAUAUGAAGAAUGGAUUUAGUCAUACAGCGAAAUUACAUUCACGUAUUAUAUGUUUACUAGAUCCAGAUAUUCUCACAAAUUAUAUAGAACUAUCAAAAAUAGAUGUCAUACUUUAUCCAUUGUAUCGAGAAGCAAAUAAUAAAAAAGAAGAACAACCAUCAAUUAAAUGGGAAAUACGACAAGUAAUGAGUACUGAAGGUGUUCCUGUAUCAAUUAAUUAUGCUGAAAUUAAUACACUUGAACUUGGAAAUUUUGAUUCUGUAUAUAAACGUCUUUCAUUUAAUUCAACACUUUGUCAAUUAGAAUUUCGAAUAAAAAUUAAAAUAAAAGAUCCAGAAUUCGAAGAAACUAUUAUAUUAAAAUCACAACCAUUUGGUAUUUGUUCUCAUGGACAAUAUUUUCCAAAAUUUCUUGCACAAAUAUUUCUUUAUGAAAUGAAACAGGUUUUGAAUAAUGACGAUGAGGCAAUAAAUCCUGAUAUUAUUAUUGAUUUCAUUCGUCGUUAUUAUAUACGUAUGACAGGUGUUGAAUUACUUGAUCAUACGAGUCUAUAUAUUCGGCAAGUGUUUACACAACCAAUCAAUGAUAUGAAGAGUACAAUGAUAACUAAUAAUUCAGAUAAUAUAUAUGAAGAAAUUUUAGCUAAAAUUAUAAGUCAAAUUCAUUUUUUGAUUUUACAUCCAGUUUUAUCAUUAAUGUAUAAUGAUAGCCUUUUUCUUGGUAUAUGCAAUGGUAUUGAAGUUGAUAAAAUGUUAAAUGGUACUCGAGAACAACCUCAUUUAUUGUUACGAUUUAAUACUCUUAUGCGUCAUCAAUGGAAUGCAAAUGUUAUUGUUCAUUUUAUUGUUCAUGAUGGUCAUUUAAGAAGAGCAAGUUUUGAUAUGAAGACAUUUGCUAAUGAAUUAUGUAGAUUCAUUUGUGAAUCAACAGGUGAUACGACAAAAAAAGCAUUAGUCUUAUCUACCACAUCAUCUCGUAAUUUUACAGAUUUUCAAUGGUAUUUCCAUCAUGAAUUACAUCGACUCAAUAAAAUGGCAUCUCCAAGUAGUGAUACUUAUGAUCCAUUGUUACCUAUUCUUUGGAUGACUAUGAGAGGCAAUGAUGAUAAUGAUGAUGAACAAAUGAAUGUUAUAUCUAAUAAUAUGAUUCAAAAAAGAAAAAGACAUCGUUCUAAUUCUUUUCCACAAAUAGAAUCUGUUUCGUCAGUUUCUCCAUUGACUACAAUGAAUAUUGUUGUAAAUAUUGAUGGCAAAGAUGAUGCUUCAUUGGAAUCAAAAAGUUCAUCUCCAGAUUCUAAUUGCUUAGGGUUACUCAAGUCUAAUAGUAGUAAUUCAUUGGCAGCAGUAGAUGAAGCCUGUCAAUCAAGUAAUCAUGAAAAUACUACAAAGAAUCGACAUUUUUUAAUUGAAGUACCUGGAACUAUAGAAAUAUCUCCUGCAGUACUUUUUCGUCAAUUAGCAGAAAAAUUUGCUAGUUUAUCUAAUGAUAAAAAUGAAGAUACAUCUUCUAAUUAUCUUAUUCGACCAAAGCAAUCAAAAUUAUCAUUAUCCAAUAUAAUCUGUGUAAAUGAUUCUAGACAAAUGAAAACUCUUUCUGUUGAUUCUAUAAGCGAUUCUCAUUUAUCUUGUGAUCAGAUUUCAAAAACUGAAUCGAGUCCAUUAACCGAUGUUAUUAACGAUGAUGCACCAAAUCAGUUGAAGAUUAAAGAAGAACCGGACGAUAUUGAUUAUGUUGUUUUACAUAAUAGAGCGACAUAUAAAUAA